AUGAGAAUAACACUUGCAUUUGUAAUCCAUCGUUUUGAUCUUGUAGAGAAACUUGUUGAACCUUUUCACAAUGGUGAGGAAUCAUGUAGACGGGAAUGUUGUUCACCUCAAGAAAGUGAACUACUUAAUGAAGUGUCGGGAAGUGCUUCUGGUGUCGAUAGUAAACAAUGUGAUGAAGUGGAAGAAGGGAAAGAAAUAUUUGACAGCACUGAAGUUGAUGAAGAGGACAAAGUGUGUGACAAUUCCAACAUAAACUCAGUUAACAGUGAUAGUGAGGGAGCUGCUGUUACUUUUCAUGCAGAGAAUGUGAAUGGAUCAAUUUUUUUUGGAGAUGUGGAUUUGUCACAGGAGAGAUAUGAUUCAGCCUCAAGCUUGUCUCAGUCAUUUGAUGUGCCAUAUAUUGGAUUGGAAUCCCAAGAGAGGUCUUCACCUUCAUUUACAAGUGAACAAUCUGAGAGUGAAAGGCUGACAGAGGCAUGUGCUGCAAAUGGCCAAAGGGACAAAGAAGGGGCAGAUGAUUUCUCUUUUCCUGAUGGUGCAAAGACACAAUUCUAUUUUAAUCAUCACUCUAAUGACACUGUAGAUGGUGCAGAUAAUUUACCAGAGAGAGCCCAAGAUAGUUUAAAGCAAGAAGACUUAACUAGUGUGAAUCGAGAUUCACCUCAGAGGCAAAAUGUUUCAGGUGCAAGGUUCACUGCUCAAAAGGACACAGCAACAGAUCAGUCUGACUCUCAUGUGAGCAAUCAGUCAAAGAAAUGGGAGCAUUUAGGGGCCAGGCCAAGAGACAGACCUCCUAAAACAGACAGAUGUCCAGAACCUUCUUUGCUAAACUCAUUGGAAGACUUGGCCCCUCAACAAGGUGCUGGACCUGUGGCUUAUGGAGUGGCCAACACAUUCUUAGCGAGACACUCAGAAGACAAACAUCUUCACGAAAGUUUAUAUUACACUAAUGCAGAGAAGAUGUUGACUGAGAAUUCUUCAUUACAAGGAGCUUCUCAUGUAGACAGUGUGAUAAACGUGACAGACUCAAAUAAAGCUCAACUGUACUUUGGUGAAUGUCAAGUUCCUUUCAGGCCAGAUCCAUAUUCUCAAACAUAUGCAUCAUUGUUCCCUCAGACUAGUGGAGCAUUUAUUGGAGGAAAUAAUAGUUCAAACCAUGUCACUGAGUUAGUGGAGUCUCCAAGCAACUGUCUGUAUGAAAGGGAACAGCAUGCUGAUGAAGAUUGUGCAUUGGUGAAGACAGUGCCUAGGGAGAGAGAAGAAAGGGAAAAGUCUGGCCAAGAGAGACAAGAGCAUGAAUUCCAACCAGAAAGAGCACCACAGAGACAAAGGGAUGAAAGGGAGCCACAGGUAGCCUUUAGGGGGCAAGAGUGUCAAGAGGCAUUGGGAAGACCCAUCAUGUGUCAGGAGGAGAGGUAUAUUGGGAUGCCAACCACCUUAGUUGUAGAUGCAUUAGACUCCACUCACAACAAUGCUCAGGCCUUUGUACAGGGUGUUAGAGAUGCAAGCAGGAGGAUUUCAGCAGGGAACCCACAGUUCAGAAGAUGUUCUGUUCAGGAACAUUAUGAUCAAGAUGCUAGCCCUGCAAUCUGUACAACUUGUCACAGGUAUCGACAUCUUGGACCAUGCAGGGUAGGAGUUCAGAGCUGCCAUGAUGAGUGCUGCAUCUGUCAGAUGGAUACAUCUAGCGGUUUACAUAUUUUGCAGUGCUCACACAGGGUUCAUGUGGAGUGUAUUGUUUGGCUGAUACAGCGCAACAUAUUAAAUUGCCCAUCUUGCUUUGGUGCCUUUUUUCCAUCAAGUUAA